CUCCAUCUCCAUCUCCACAUCGAGUGUCCGAAGCCAUAGUUCACAUCCAGGACCUCCCCCCCUGAGCUGCUGCUCCACAUCUUCUCCUACGUCGCCGACUACGACCUCCCCGAGCCGACCAAGGACAAGGACAAGGACAAGAAGAAAACCACCGACUAGGCCAAACAGGAUCCCCCCCACAACCACAAUGACAGUGAGGACGAUGACGAGGAUGACGACGACGACGAGGAAGACGAGGGGGACGACAAAUUUCUAGAUGAACGCUCUUUUGACUUGGCCAGGUUGUGUCGGGUCUCCCGCCUGUUCCGGGAACUCGCCCAGCCGCUGCUGUUCGAGGACUUCGACAACUUCGGUCUGCCUGGGGACAUGUCUCGCCUCGUCGCCUUUACCCGGGCCCUAAUCCUCCGGCCGAGCCUGGCUGACCAUGUCCACGAUGUCACCGCCCAACCCUCCGACGGCCACAUGUUCCUCCAGGCCCCGCCCACCGUCUCCCCCGAAGACCGGGAGCUCUUUGCCCGCACCAUCCGUGACCUCCACGUGGGUGACGAGGAGAACAAGUGGAUAGCGGCCAUGGAGAAGAUGGACUAUACUGUCUUAGUGACCUUGCUGAUCAGCCGGACCCCGAACCUGCGCCGCCUGGACCUUUGCGGCGGCCAGUUCUUCAUGACGCCCCUCCGCCACGUCUUGGAUCGGAAACCCGACCGUCUUGUCCAACCUGGAGGACCUGUGCUUGGACGGGACGACUUCUUUGCGGGCUAUCCGCUCCCGUGCUGCGAAAAAUUGAUCGUCCGGCCCCGCCUGAGAUCGCUGACGGUCGAAUUCUGCCAGCUCAACGGUGCCCAGUUUCCCGCCGCCUGGGCCCCGCAGACCUUGGCUCUCGAGUGGAUUGACCUCAACGUGUGCCAUCUGGACGCCCCCGGCCUGAACAAGCUGCCCCGGGCCUGCCGCCAGGUGAAGUCGUUUAGUUACACCCGUUUCUCCGUCGAUCCCUCGGAGCAGCCCGACAUCACCCCCACUACCCGCGAGUUCACUGCCGCCGAGUGGCACAAAGCCCUCCUCCCCCACAAAGACACCCUCGCUUCGCUGGCGCUGGCCUUUACGCGGGACCCCUGGGAACGGGAGCACAUCCAGGAAUAUGUGGACCGCCAGGCCAAGAUCGGCUCGCUCCGCGACUUCCCUGUGCUCACCUGCCUCACCAUUCAGCAGGCCCUGCUGCCCCCCCGGCCAGAAUUCCCUCCCACUCUCGAGCUGCUGGGGCGCCUUCCCGCCCUCAAGCGCGUCCGGAUGCUCGCCGUGGACAUCACCGACCCCAUCAAGCUUCCCGGGCAGCAGAUUCCCCCGGGGAAAACCCCGCAGCAAUGCUUCCUCAGUAUUCGCGAGUUUUUCAAGGACACCCCGGUCGAGUUUGACAUCUUCCCUUACCCCAAUUGUCGUCAGCACAUGAUCGGCGACUCCGAGGACGACGAGGACUUGGACGACGAAUCCUAUAUGGAGGUUGAGGACGAGUACGGCUACCCCCCGCUGGAGCUCUUGGCUGGGCCCGCGCCCAUUCCCCGGGAGCUGUUUGGAGCGAUGCUGAUGCAGGCGAUGCAUGAGCAAGCCAUGGUGGGGCGGGUGAAGCCAGUGACCACUCCUGGGUCACUGAUGAUGACGACUAAGAUGACGACGAUGAUUGAGAACGAGGGUGUGGAGCAUGAUGACGAUCAGGAAAAUAAAAAUUGGCACAUGAUUUUCACUUUCGGGGGAUCCAUGUACACUGCUACUGCUAUCUAA